AUGUGCGCAGCUACGACGAAAAGCUCUCGCUGGGCUUCUCCUCGCCAUAACGUUACACAAUUUCCCAUCACCAAUGCUGACGGGACAAUCCUUCCCGUGGCAAUACAGGCUAACAUGACCGCUGAGCAGCUUGACGCUUACGUGACUCAUUUUCGAAUUCGAGAAAUUACUCACCAACUAACCCUGCCUGACGUCCUGGUAGCAAGGACCGAACCAGGCUGGCACCGGGCGCUCUCGCCCGCUCCAGAAUACGACGCAGCGGGCCGUCGCACGAAUACACGCCUCCAGCGGCGUCGUCGAGCCCUUGAAGCAGAACGGCACCGCUGCAUAGAGGAAGCCGUCGCCAAGAUUCCGUCGUAUCAACUACCGCGUGACUACCGCCGUCCAGCGGGUUUCACUGACCGCGUUUACAUCCCGCAAGCCGACUUUCCGGCCGUCAACUUCAUCGGGCAGAUCCUUGGGCCCAGAGGGGCCACCCUCAAGGCCAUGCAAGAGCGUGCCGGAGCGACUCUGGCCAUUCGAGGCAAAGGGUCUGUCAAGGAAGGGCGGGGCAGGUCAAAGCCGAGAGGGGGUGCUUCUGACGAUUCGAGCCAGCCACUCCACGUUCUCGUUACCGCAACCACACAGCGGAAAGUGGACGAAGGGAAGAGACUGAUCCAGGAGGUCAUUGACAAUGCAGUAUCUACACCCGAGUGGCUGAAUGAGCAUAAGAAGCAGCAACUGCGGGACCUGGCCAUGGCGAACGGCACCUUUCGCGAUGACGAAGGCCGCGCCGAUGCGAGAGCACAAGGCCAGGUCUCUCUACAUCCUGCCACAAGCCUUGUGAAGGUGGAAAGCAGCCUUGAUGCUGAGUUCGAAGACGAAUAUGCUAGGCUGAUGGAGGACAUUCUUGGUCUCAGGGAAGGGUACACUGACACACAGGAGCGGAGCAUGGUGACUUUGCCACCCUGGAGGGUGGACCGACUUCGCGCGAAGACAACUUGA